AUGGCCAGAACCCUGGUCCUCGUCGCUGUUCUCCUCGCCGCCAGCGCCGGCGCCACGACGGCGACCACGCUGACCAUCCACAACCUCUGCCCGCACCCGGUGUGGCCGCUGGUGACCCCGAACUCGGGCCUCCCUUCCAUCUCCGACAACACUGCGCGCCUCGACCCCAAUGCGCUGCUCUCCCUCACCUUCCCGCCCACCUUCUGGGCCGGCCGCGUCGCGGCGCGCACGGGCUGCGACGCCACCGCGUCGGGAUGCUGGACGGGCUCCGCGCCGCCCGCCACCAUCGUGCAGGUCACCGUCCACGACGGCGGGAGCCUGGACCAGGCCACCUACAGCGUGAGCCUCGUCGACGGCUUCAACGUGCCCGUGGUGGUCAGCCCGCAGGCGAUCGCCGGCGGGGGGCAGUGCCCGGCGCUGGGUUGCCCCGUCGACCUCAACUGCGACUGCCCUCCUCCGCAGCGCGCCGCCGAGGGUGUGGCGUGCCGUGGCCCACCGGAGUACUUCAAGAACCGGUGCCCGCUCACCCGGACCACGCCCACCGACGUCGAGCCCGUCCCGCAGAGCUGCCGCGCCCCCGGGGAGCUCAAGGUCGUCUUCUGUCAGGCGACCAUUGUCACGGGCGACGCCGCCGCCGCCGCUGCCGCCGCAGAAGGCGAGAUGGUCAUCCGCUCUGUCGUCGCCGACAGCUAG